UCCCCUUGUCACCAAUGUGGGCCAACCAAUAUUACUGAGAUGUCCCCAAAAGUCACAACCCCUCUACACAGAUUUCUCUCGAUUAAGCAGCACAUCAGCCAAAGAGGAACCAGCAGUUUCAGCAGAGUCCAGUCCAGUUGAAGAGAAAGUAUACCUCAGUGCAUCAUGUGUUAAGGUUAGGGCAAUUAUUUACUCAAAUUGCUUACUCGUCAUGUACAGUAUAUAAUGUAACUUCUAAUUUGAAAUCAUUCCCAUAUAUGUGGGCUGUAAAGCCCUACUCUUUUUCUCUGAGCACUCACUUCCACUUUCAUCAACAUUGUGGUGGAUGAUCAAGUGACACAAGGACACUCCACUAUGUCAAGGACUGACCUAAUGACCCUUUUCUCUGUGUAUUGUUCAGAGGCUAGGAGAGAUCAUGGAUAAGGGAGAGUACCUGAGAAUACAGGUGGAAGGCGGAGGCUGCUCUGGCUUCCAGUACAAGUAUAUCGUUGACAGUACUAGGAAUGAGGAUGACAGGUAAUUGUCAUUGAUUGAUUGUCCCUCUGUAAUCAUUCAAGAAGAAAUUAUGAAUGAACUAUUUAACGUGUUGAAUGGCAUGCAGCAGUAACACAAUUAUUUGUAGUAACAAAAUCAUUGUUAUCUGAUCAUUACACUGUGUUACAUGCUAUCUCUCUGUCCUCAAUCCCUUUGAAUACCCUUUUUUUGAAUCCAUUCUAAACUCUUUCCCCUGCACCUCCUUUCUUUCUCUCAGGGUGUUUGAGCAGGGAGGGGUAGGGGUCAUUGUGGACCAAGAUAGCCUGGAGUUUGUGAAAGGCUCUACACUGGACUACACUCAGGAGAUGAUCCGCUCCUCCUUCCAGAUGCUGAAGAACCCCCAGGCAGACCACGGCUGCUCCUGCGGAACCUCCUUCUCAGUCAAGUUAUGAGUCUCUGGGCCUGAGGCUUUCAGCUCUCAAACCCUCAUCCCCUCCAUCCCUCACUGUCAUAAUAUAGGCAUUUCACUUAAAAUUAUAUAUUCAGAGACUGUGUUCUCAUGGUUGCAUAAGUUAUUCCACAAUUCACAGAUGAUCCUCAUAGCAACUCUGCAACUAAAACAUAUUGACAGAAUGGUGUAUCUUCAGGUAAAGUAUGCUUGGUUACAACUUAAACAAAGAGGAUGAGAAUCCUGAGAUUUCUUGGAUGCAAAUAGAUGGAUUGGGUUUCAGUUUUCAAUUUCACUACAAUAUAAAAAACGAUUGUCAUAUUGAUUAAUUAUACAUUUAUACUGAAUGAAGACUAUGCUUUGGAGUGGUUUGAAUGCGCAAGAGUGUAUCCCGUUCCUAGAUGUGUUUGUAAAUAUAAAGAAUGUAAAUGGGUCAUAUCUUUAAGAAUAAAA